AUCGUUCGAUUUUAUUACCCAUCACACACACACACACACACGCACACACACACACAAAUAUACAGUGUUUAAUAUAUAUAUAUAUAUGUCUAUACACACACACACACACACACACACGAAUUUUUACGGUUAUCCCGUCCCGUGCGCAAUCAUAAUACAUAAAAAUUGAUAGUAGGAGUGAUGUUAUGUAAUCGCGGUCGUUCGAAAUGUGCGCGCAACGAGUUCACUCAUUUUUCGCGCUCUAAACUCGUGGUUACUCGAUUCGCGACAACGACGACUUCUCGUUUCGUUUGUUUAGUAAAACCCACGACCGACCGACGGACGUUGUUGGUGUUUCGGCGCUGGAACCAGUCAAGAGUUGUAGAUGGAUACGGUAGCGAAGACAAUAAGCUGUAGUACUAAUAAUGCAACUGUUACUAACGCCAAUGUUUGCCGAUUAUGACAUACUAUUGGCUUGCGGGCUGCUGAUAUUUUGGUGUGGAUACUGGUUGGUGCACCUAAGCGCAAUAUGUUACGGAAAGUACAAGCUCUACAGGAAGCCCAAACCAGAACUGUCAACUCCGUCUUUAGUAUGUUUAGAACACGGUGUGCCUAAAAACAAUAAUAAACAAUAUCCAGGCGUUAGUAUAUUAAAACCUUUGGUGGGUGUUGAUCCAAAUUUAUUUGUGAAUUUAAGCUCAUACUUUCAAAUGGAAUAUCCUAUGUAUGAAGUAUUGAUUUGUGUGGUUGAUCCAAAUGAUCCUGCUGCAAUGGUAGCUAACCGAUUAUUGGACAUGUAUCCAUCAGUGGACGCUCGCUUGUUUUUAGGUGGUUCACAAGUGGGUGUUAAUCCGAAAAUUAACAACGUACAUGCAGCAUACCAAGCAGCCAAGUAUUCUUUAAUACUUAUAUCUGAUAGUUCAAUAAAAAUGAAAAAAGAUACACUCUGUGAUAUGGUUGAUAAUAUGGCUGAAGAUGUUGCUAUUGUUCAUCAAGUACCAUUUACAUGUGAUCGUAUCGAUAAUAGUUCUGAGUCUAUGAAUGUGCCUUUAUCAGAUGUUACAACAGAUCCCUCAUUAGUUUUACCAAUUAAUGGAAAAGUUCAACAUCAUAAUAGGACACGCAAACAACAACGUCGUUUUGUUGCUACCUUAGAAAAAGUAUUUUUUGGAACUGCUCAUGCUCGAGUGUAUUUAAUGGCUGAUCUAGUGGGAGCUAUAUGUCAUACUGGUAUGUCAACACUUCUACGUAAACAAGCCAUGGAUGACUGUGGUGGUUUGCAAGCAUUUGCUGCUUAUCUAGCUGAAGAUUAUUUUAUGGCAAAAUGGGUAGUUGCCCGAGGUUGGCGUACUACUAUAAGUGGCCGUCCUGCAUUACAAAAUAAUGGAGGCAGUGAUCUUGGCAAAUUCCAUGACCGUCUUAGGCGAUGGGUCAAACUUAGAAUAGCUAUGGUACCACACACAAUUGUAUUGGAACCACUAUCUGAAUGUCUGAUAUUAGGAGCUUGUGCGGCAUGGGCUGCUCAUACACUUUCUGGGGGUUCAAUUGAUCCAUAUGCGUUCUACAUGGUACAUGUGCUUGUAUGGUUCUUAUUAGAUUGGAUUCUGUUAAAUGUUAUGCAGAAUGGUCCUUUACCUUUUACAAAAUUUGAAUACUUAGUUGCCUGGUUGUACAGAGAGUUCAUGGGACCAUAUCUGUUUUUAACUGCACUCUUAUGGCGUCCAUCCGUUGUAACAUGGACUACAAGACAGUAUCGUCUACGUUGGGGUGGUAUAUCAGAAAUUUAUAACCAACAAUCAACGAGCUCUAGCUCAGAAGCAAUAACUGCCACAGUGCCUAUAGCAACUACUACCAGUGUCACUUAUGACACAACAGUGCCUAAUAAUUAUUGUAGUACUCACCAGCAACAGCCACCAAGUGGUACUGGGUUUACAUCAAAAAUUAAAGUUUAAACAUGAUGAACAGAUACAAAUUUUAUACGAAUUUAUUUUUAAUAUAUUUAAGAUAAUAAUAUACUUGUUAAGUAUGUAAUA